CGUCACGUCUUCGCCUUUGCAUCACGGCCUCACGGGCUCGCUCUACUUAAACAGCCUCACCCACCUUGAGCCAUUGCCCUAAACCUCGCCUCGACCCUGCCUUCACGUAGAAGCACACCAAGACCAAGCGUUCGUCCUCGGAUCCCAUCUCGACGGGUGAAGCUCCAUCCACCAUGGACGGCAACAAGACUGCCGCCGCCCACCCGGCCAGCGUACGGGCGCUCUCCAUGGCCGCCGGCACCGUCGUCGUCUUCGCCUUGGCCACGGCGGCCGACUACGUACUCGACAGCUUCCACCUCUGCGGCAGCCAGGCUUCCUUCAUCCUGCCGUGCGUCGGGGUGACGGCGGCGGCGGCCGCCAAGUGGAGGGCCCUCUGGCUCGCCAUGGUCUGCUGCGCGGUGCUCGAGUCGGCCGUCGCGGCGCAGGCGCUGCGGCUCCCAUGCCGCCGCCGCGCCCUCGCCCUCCUCCAGCUCGCGCUCACCGUCGUCCGCCACUACAUGUACGCCCGCGCCACCCUCAUCCUCGCCGCCGCCGACCCAGGGCUCUUCGGGAUCUGCUUCGGGAGCGUCUCCGUCUUCGUAACUGGCGACCUCCUCAGCUUCAUGGACCUUCUCCUUGGAGGCGAAGGGAUCAUGCACUACUCCUUUGUGUGA